GACUUGACCAAGAUGCCCAUCGUCCAGUUUGCGCCAUUCUCCUCACUGGUUCAACCCACCUUCUGGCACGAACUCACCUCCCUCAAGAUCGAUGUGCUUCGACUUUCUGAUGAAGCAGUGCCCAUUACUGGGUCCUAUUCCGUUGGUCGGUCAAUAACAGACCGCGAGACAGGCCACGAGAUCGUGCUGGGUUGCAAUAUGAGUGUGGGGUCUGAGUCGUUCGACAAGAACGCAGUAGCACCUGCAGGCUCAUUUCCCGCAAAGGGGCAUCUGAAGAAUUACAAUACAAUCGAAGAGUUCAAGGCUGCGGAUAAGACAGCACUCUUCAACCAGGAGGCGGACAAGAUGUGGGAGGCGAUCGUAUCUAAGCGCGACUCCACCAGCCUCAACAACUUCCUCGUCAUUACGUUCGCCGACCUUAAAAAGUACAAAUACUACUAUUGGUUCGCGUUCCCUGCGUUUGCCGCCAAACCUGCGUGGGAGAUCGAUGAGCUAGGCUGGCGUCUCGCUGCCUCAGAACUUUCACCCGAAUCGCUCUCUUCUAUCCAUUCAAAGCUGCAUGCAACCCCUCUGCCAUUUUUCCUUCUUCGAUCUGGUUUGGAGAUAGCGCCAAUCGACUCUUACAGCACUUUCUUCGCCAAUGUUCCCCCUGAAGAGCAAACCAUCGGCUUUGUCGAUCCAUCGGCGAGCCCGACCAACCCAGGAUGGCCAUUGCGCAAUCUGCUUGCCUAUCUUCGCGCUGUAUACCCAGAAACCACCUCUCGGUUACGAGUACUGUGUUGGAGAGACAGUGAGGUGCCGCACGCGCCGGCUGGGUGGAAGAGCCGAAUUGGAGUUGUUCACAUUACCCCUUCACCAGAGUCAGGAGGUCGUCCGAGUGCUGUUGGAUGGGAGAAGAAUCCACAAGGAAAGCUUGCUCCUCGCAUGGCUGACCUUGCGCCGAUGAUGGACCCAACCCGUCUCGCCGACCAAGCGGUUGAUUUGAAUCUCAAACUCAUGCGAUGGCGUAUUCUACCAUCACUGGACUUGGAGAAGAUCUCGUCUACGAAAUGUCUCCUUCUCGGCGCUGGGACAUUGGGGUGUUAUGUCGCACGGACACUAAUGGGUUGGGGCGUGCGGGACAUCACGCUAGUUGAUUCCGGGAAAGUUUCCUUCUCAAAUCCCGUCAGGCAACCAUUGUUCGAAUUCGAGGAUUGUCUCGAAGGCGGCAAACCUAAGGCUGAAUGUGCGGCGGCUCGAAUGAAGAAAAUAUUCCCCGGUAUUAAUGCUGCAGGUCAUUCGCUCUCUAUACCGAUGCCUGGACAUCCAGUCCCCCCUGCUUCGGUCGAUCAAACUAGGGCAGAUGUGAAGAAAUUAGAGGAGUUGAUCGAUACUCAUGACGCAGUUUUCUUGCUCAUGGACUCACGGGAAAGUCGAUGGCUCCCAACUGUGAUAUGUGCAGCCAAGGGCAAGAUCGUCUUGAAUGCUGCCCUGGGUUUCGACACAUUCCUUGUUAUGCGCCAUGGUGUGAGAGAAUCUUCUCUCCAACCCGGCGCCACGCAGUUGGGAUGCUACUAUUGUAACGAUAUUGUCGCACCUGCCGAUUCACUCACCGAUCGAACACUCGAUGAGAUGUGCACGGUAACACGGCCUGGUAUUGCUUCUUUAGCGUCUUCAACCGCGGUGGAGCUCCUUGCUUCUGUCCUCCAACAUCCAGACGGAGUGCAUGCUGCGGCGCCUCCAGCAAACUCAGACCCAGCUGCUCUGAUCAACGCUGGAGUUUUGGGUCUUGUUCCGCAUCAAUUGCGAGGAUUCCUUGCCCAGUUCCGUAACCUGCAUAUUGUAGGCGCUGCUUAUAGCCGAUGCACUGGCUGCAGCGAAACCGUGCUGAAAGCAUACGAGAAGGAAGGUUUCGAUAUGAUUCUGCAAGCGUUGAACGACGAUAAGUACCUCCAACAUUUGACUGGGUUGGACACUUUAUAUGCGGAAGGAGAGAAGGCGUUGGAGGAAGUAGACUGGGAUGUAGAUGACGAAGAGGGUGAGGACUUCUGA